UGAAGAUGUUCGUGGAUAGAGUUCUGAGAGGUGAGUGACACGUUUCCGACUUUGGAUCAUAGAGUGGUGAGGAUACAGAACUUUCUAAUAUCACGACAUUCAUCUUGUUUUCACAUCAAGAACAUACACUUUAGAACUUUCUAAUUUCACGACAUUCAUCUUGUUUUCACAUCAAGCACAUCUCUUCCUACAUAGUACAAACACAAGACUAGCAGUAGUAACACCAACCAGUUGCACCAAGAGGAAAAAGAUGCGUGGCGGUGCUCGUGGCUUUGGUCGCGCUGCAUGGCGUUAUGCUAAGGCUCGGAACGAACACUGUUCUUCCUGGGCUCGGGAGUUCAACCGUGGUUUCACCGGACAAGGAAAUUUCGGCUUCGGUUAUGGUCGGUCGUGUGACAAAAUGUUUAGGUACUAGAAGCCGGUACGGAAUGAAAAUGAAUGCCGACUGCAACUAGCUAGACCACUAGCUUCUACUUGGUCACGAGGAUCGUCUCACCUUUACUUUGUGCUGCUCGCCCAUGAUUCUUGACAAUUUUGAUUUUUAUUCUGGGUCAAAAUACAUUUAUACUUAGCAACCCUAAACAUGUACUUUUCUGUUUCUGACCAUCAACAUACAUCAUCUUGAUUCUUACUCGAUCCCUUAUCCUACUCCUACGUGAUUCCUAGUACUCCUUCCUACUCCUUCGAAGCAUAGAUCUUCUGAACAUCAGCAUGCAUCAUCUUGUUCUAGUCCACUACUCGAAAUAUGUAGAUCUUCCUCAUUUCCUUCAUCUUCGCGGAGGCGCUUUCGGAGCACAGAAUCGUGGAUUUGCUAGUGCUGCUUUUGGUAUGAUUCCCCCGAUUGGCGAGGUGAUGCCACCUAACGGCUUCGUGGAACAACAUGCGGUAUCCAACUUACAACAAGCAGCUGGAGCGGAACUGAGUACUAGUAUGCCUACCCCUAUUAGUUUGGUGGGCUUCAUCUUCGAUGUUAGUAUUGUUUCGGUGUACUUAUAAUCUCUUUGAGAGUAAGUAUAAACACAUUUUUAGUUGAGGUUUGUGUGUUUUUUUUUUGGUUUUUGUGAUUUAGCGAGCAUUCCAAGGGCAGACUGAUUUGGUUUUUCUCUUUUUCUUGUAACGGACACUUUCUUGUUGUCAGCAGUUUGUAUACCAUCGAUUCCUCAAUUAUCGUUCUUUUCACCAAUGAAAGUGAGACUGAUAAUACUAGUCCACAUUGUUCCAUACUUGAUGUGUACCCGAGUGCAUCAACAUCAUCGUUUGUACGAGAGAGAAAAUUUUGAUUGUUGUUGUUCUUGAACACUCUGAGACUCACAUGUCAUAUUGCAAGCUUCUUCAUCAACUUCCCUACUUGAGCGUCCUCAUAGAUAUUGAAAGCUUCUUCAUCAACAUCCCUACUUGAGCGUCCUCAUAUGUAUUAAAAGCCUGCUUCAACCACUUCCACAGGUGCUUCGAUUUCGGGAGAAGCAGAGAGCGAAUUGGCUACUGCUAUAGCUGAGGCUUUAAACAGUUUAUUGUCUCACGGAGCUGGCCCACUAUGCCCAAUAUUAUGGAAAAAUUCUUUUGAGUAGAGUUGUAUUAUGGAAAACGCCUUCAUCGGUAAAGUCUAGGUGGUGGCUGGUACCCCCAAUAUUAUGGAGAAAUUCUUCUGUGAAUUAAAAUUAAGAGAGAAAUAGAAGCAAUGAAGGCGAAUGGGGCUGAAAUAGAAUCAAUGAAGGCGAAUUGGGCGAAAAAAGCUUCCUCUAACAUUCGGGAGUUCAACCAGCAUUUGCGAAGGUAGCAUGACAUUCAAUACAUGUGUGGUAGGAUACAGUUAUGAAGUGGUUCGUCGUCCAAUAACAGCACUCUGUUGAGCAUGCGACAUCUUCUAGAGCAUAUACAUAGAUACUGAGUCCCUUCGACAAUCUUCCGACACCUGCUCUGGGAAGACUUCUAGAAGGAAAGAGCAGAUACUUCUAGAAUACGGGAAGUAGCCUAGAACUAAGCAUCAACAUGUUGGACCACUGCUUUCCUACUCUACUGCUUUCCUACUCUACUGCUUUCCUACUCUACUGCUUUCUAAUGAGAAGGAGAUUGCUCCUCCAUUUGCUCUCUAAUGAGCUUGCUCCUCCAUUUGCUCUCUAAUGAAAUUGGUCCUCCACUUCUAAUAUGGAUGCUGUUGCGACAUUUUAGUUGAGAUACUACGCAGCCGUUCUAUGAAAAUAUUAAGGCCAUGAAGUGUAAAAUGUCUCCCGCCAAAGAACACUACCAUGAACGAACCUCUUGUCGAUUACGCGCCAAAGUUGAUGUUGAUGUUUCGAAGAUCAAGUUGUACUGGGUGCGGAUGUAGUCUCCACAUUCUGUCUGUACCGUGAAGUGAUGAAGACAAAGGCCCUUCGGAGAAAGAGUUACGGGGUUGCAAGUGUGGAACUCUACUACGUAGAUGUUUGUCUGUGGGACUCUCGUGUGGAACAUGUUGUACUGGGUCGUGCAAGGGCUGCUCUUGUUGUGGGAUUGGUGCAACGUCUUCUAGAAGAGGCGUUGCACUGAAGCAGAGGAGGAGUCAUGGCUGCUUUUGGUACGUUAGUGUCCUCCUCUAUUUAAGGCUAGUUUUUUCACUAUCCCAUGUGGACUAUUCUGAGUGGCGCAGCCCUUGACUUAGAAAGGGAAAAUAAGAAGGACGCAGAGCAUUCCACUCAGCUUGGAAUAGUAAAAACGAGCGCUAAAAAUCUAUGCGUGCACCCGCGGAGGAGCCUCUUGGUAGUCUACGAAAACACUGAUGCAUGCUUCGAAGAUGAUUCCUAUGGGCUUAGGGGCACUUUUUUUAAAAUUUCACCGGAGACAUUUUACACUUCGCGGGUCCUUCAUGGAAUGUAGAAUAUCUGCGAGGUUUGGGACGCUCUUCAUAACUUGGUGUUAAAAAUCGAGAUUCGGUGGAACUACUGAUAUCUACAACUUGAGCUGAGAUGUGUAGGGGAAGUUUGUUCCUAAGGUAAGUCAUUGAAAGUGUCCUCGUGGGUAGAUGAGUAGGUGAGCAGGUGACAAGUCUUGAAGGAAUGCAUUGAUUCUUGUGUAGGGAUCGUGGUAGUGUCUAUUUUUUGUUCC